UUUCAGCAUAGUCAGAGUCAUUUUACAGCCACUUUUAUAUCAAAAGUACAAAGGAAACCCUCGUGGUGACACAAAUUUCCCCGGAUCUUUCUCUGCAGAGCUUAGAACUGGUGCAUGGUCUGUUUUUAUUUUACUUUUACUCCAUCCUGAUUGCAAAACCAGUGAAAUCUUAACAGCAAAAAUACAUAAUUUUGUUAAAGCCUGCACUAAAGGAAAGCUGAGCCUUUGGCCUUGAUUGCUGCUGAUCUGCAGGUUAUUGGCAAGGAUGCACAAUUGCCUGAUAACCUUGGCUGUCACACAGGUCGAUGGCAUUGCUGUGACUCAGGGGCCAUAAAGCUCCAUUCCCAGGUGGGCUGAGGCUGGGGCUGGUCUAUAAAGGCAGGGCUGAGCCCAGCCCAUCCAUCCUGCUCCGGCCAGCUGCUGCUCUGCUUCCCAGGCCCAUCCCAGGGGAACUAUGGCAUUCUCAGGCAAAUACGAGUUCGAGGGCGACGAGAACUACGAUGCCUUUGUGCAGAAGAUUGGUCUCCCCAGUGACAAGGUUGAAAUGGGAAGGAACUGCAAGAUUGUGACAGAGGUGGUGCAGAACGGGAAUGACUUCACUUGGACACAGCACUUCCCAGGAGGCCACACCACCACCAACACCUUCACCGUGGGCAAGGAGGCAGACAUGGAGACCAUGGGAGGGAAGAAGUUCAAGGCAACUGUCAAAAUGGAAGAUGGGAAACUUGUGGCUGAUUUCCCCAACUACCGCCACACUGCAGAGAUCUGUGGGGGGAAGCUGGUAGAGGUGAGUGCUCAAAGAUCCAGGGUAGUUCAUAAAAACAAAGAGAAUCCCCAACAUUUGAAAUUUAGGAAAAAAUCUCAAGCAAAGGAGAGGCCCUGAGCCAGCCCCAGGGCUGCUCCCCUGGGACUCUGGGGCUCUGAUUACACUCAGAGUAAAGCUCAACCAAAGUUUUGGGUUGUUCUUUGUUCCAGAUUUCUACUUCUUCUGGUGUAGUCUACAAAAGGACCAGCAAGAAGAUUGCCUAAGGCAGCAAGGCCAGUCUCUCCCACUGCAUUGAAAGCCAACAAUAAAAUAAAUUAAAUAAAGUUCUGUCUUCAU